AUGCUUUACGCAAACGAUACUACCCCAGCUGAAGAUGUCAGCCUCGAGCCCAUCGCAAUCUGUGGCAUGGCCUGCCGUCUGCCUGGCAAGGUCGACUCCCCCUCGACCCUGUGGGAUCUGCUCCUGAGAAAAGGCACCGGGAACACUAUGCGAGUCCCCAGGUCCCGGUUUAAUAUUGACGCACACCUUCACAAGAACGGUGACCGCCCUGGCAGCAUGAAUGUGGGCGGUGGUUACUUCCUCGACGGCCCUGCAGAGAAAUUCGACCCCACGUUCUUCAACAUGACACCCGUCGAGGCCAUGUGGCUGGACCCACAGCAGCGAAAGAUCCUCGAGGUCUGCUACGAGGCACUUGAGUCUGCUGGUCUGACCUUGGAGCAGGUUUCCGGCACCAAUACGGGUGUCUUCGUUGGCAGCUUCACUGCCGACUACCAGCAGAUGACCUUUCGGGAUCCGGACUUCCGCCACAGCUAUGCGGCCACUGGUGUUGAUCCAGGUAUUAUCAGUAACCGUGUAGGAAAUGUCUUUGACCUGAAUGGGCCGAGCUUCACUAUCAACACCGCAUGCUCCUCGUCGGUGUACGCAAUCCAUCAUGCCUGCCAUGCACUGCGUGCUAGAGAUUGCGAAGCAGCUCUGGUUGGUGGUGUCAACUUGAUCCUCACGGUUGAUCAGCAUAUGAACACCGCCAAACUGGGUGUGCUAUCGCCGACCUCAUUCUGCCAUACGUUCGAUGCUGCUGCCGAUGGAUACGGCCGUGGCGAGGGUGCUGGCGCUCUGUAUCUGAAGAGACUGAGCGAUGCUAUCCGCGAUGGCGACAUCAUUCGAGCCACCAUUCGCUCUUCAGCUGUUAACACGAAUGGUAAGGUUCCGGGCUAUGGUAUCACUUAUCCGAACAUGAAGGGCCAGGAGAAGGUCAUCCGCGCCGCAUACAAGCGCGCCAGUCUCGAUCCAGACCGGACUGCCUAUUUUGAAUGCCACGGGACCGGUACACCAGUGGGAGAUCCUAUUGAAGUCCGUGCUGCGGCUAGUGCUAUGAAUGACACUCGUUCAGAGGAUCGACCCCUGAUUAUUGGCGCUGUUAAGCCCAACAUUGGCCACAGCGAAGCAGCCAGCGGAAUCUUCGCCGUCAUGAAGGCUGCGUUGAUGGUGGAAGCGGGUGUGAUUCCCGGUGUCGCUGGUCUCCAGAAGGUUAACCCGGAGAUCCCCGAGGAGGAGUGGAACGUCAAGGUUAAUCGCGAUACCCUGCCUUGGCCCGAUGAAUUUGAGUCCCGCAGAGCCAGUAUUUCCUCUUUUGGAUACGGUGGCACCAACGGCCACGUCGUUGUGGAAGAGGUAAAGGCACAGUAUCCGCAAUAUCAGCACGGGGCCCGCAAGGCCCUGGCCCACUAUGACCACUCAUCCACCAGGCCGCUACUCGUCACCUUCUCGGCGCACGAAAAGACAACCCUGAUCCGCAACAUCGAGGCGCAUUCCAAGGUAGUCAAUCAAUACUACCUCUCAGACUUUGCGCACACCCUAAACAACCACCGCAGUCGCUUCGCUCAGAGGGCAUUUGUUGUUGCUAGCGAGCCCACAGCGGCGUCUGAUAUGGCAAUCGCCAACUUCAAGUUUGGCCUCUGCACCAAGCCUAUUUCCAAUCUUUCCUUCAUCUUCACCGGACAGGGUGCGCAGUGGGCAGCGCUCGGUCGAGAGGCCAUUGAGACCUUCCCCGUUUUCCGCGACAGGAUCCGACGCUUGGAUCGGGUGCUUAAGGGCAUCAAUCAUCCUCCCACCUUUUCGAUCGAGGAGGAACUCACGACUCCAGCAGGGACGAGCCGAAUCAACAACGCUAAUAUUGCUCAGCCGACGCUGGUGGCCACUCAAAUCGCCCUCGUGGACCUCCUGGCAUCGUGGAACAUCGUUCCUAUUGCUACUGUCGGUCACUCAGCGGGUGAAUAUGCAGCGGCGUAUACUGCUGGUCUGGCCUCUGCUCCGGAGACCAUCAUCGCCGCUUACUACCGCGGCUACUCACUGGCGCGUAACGCACCCGCCGGUGGUUCAAUGAUGGCGGUAGGCCUUGGCCGUGAUGAGGCCGAGCUAUAUCUCGCCCGCGUCAGCAAUGAGCUCGUAGUUGCCUGCGAAAAUUCCCCCUCUAGUGUUACUCUUAGUGGCCCGGUCGCCGCCAUACAUGAGGCCCGAGACCGCUUUGCAGAAGACAAGAUCUUUGCUCGCGAGUUGCGGACUGGCAUCGCAUACCACUCGCCUCAUAUGGAGCCUGUCGCCGGCCCUAUGGUGGACUUGGUCACCAAUGCUUACCGCAAGCUGGACAGCUAUGACCACCAGUGGCGCUGCCCACGCAGGACUAUGAUUUCCUCCGUCACCAGCUGUCCCGUUGCGACAGGAGACAUCACCCCAGCCUACUGGGCGCGCAAUCUCACUGGCCGUGUACUGUUCAACACCGCCGUACAGACCCUCGCAAAAAUAGACGAUCUUGAAGAUAUUGGCGGUUUUGUUGAGGUGGGCCCUCACUCGGCUCUGUCCGGGCCCUUCAAGCAGAUCUGCCAGGCGAAUGGUUUCAACCGUUACGCGUAUGUUCCUACUCUGAUCCGGAACCAGGAUGGGGCGCAUUCGCUACUUAAGACAGCCGGUGAGCUCUUCCUCGCAGGAUAUGCCGUAGACAUGUACAGGGUGAAUCGACUAGACGGUCCUUCCCUGGACUUCCAGCUGGACUUGAAGGGCUCUGGCAAGCGUCCGUUCACUCUGACCGAUCUGCCCCUGUACCAGUGGAAUUAUGACAGGGUCUACUGGGCAGAGCCUCGUAUCAGCGCCGAGUACCGUCAGCUCACCCAUGCGCGCCACGACCUGCUGGGUAGCAAGAUCCCCGGACUGUCAUCUCAUGCAAUGGUCUGGCGGAAUAUUCUGCGCAUCCGGGACAUCCCAUGGCUUCAGGAUCACAAGCUCGGAGGUUCCAACAUAUUCCCCGCGACGGGACAUAUUGCUCUUGCCAUCGAGGCGGCGCGACAGCACUGCGAGAUUAGUGGUGUCAAUGUUUCUGGAGCUGUGUUGCGCGAUGUUGAGCUGAAGACCACGCUGAUUAUCCCGGACUCAGACGCCGGCAUAGAAAUCCAACUACGACUGUCCCAGAACUCCUCAUCCAAGUCCCCCUCGUAUCACUUCGCCGUGGAGUCCUGUACUGACAACAACUGGACGAUUCACUCCGAGGGCACAAUUCUUCCAGUUUCUGACCCUCAAUCGGCGGAUGUGCGCUCCCACUCCGUGAAUCCCGGGGUCCUCACCCACCGACACGGGGGUAAGCGGUGGAACGACACCUUCCGUCGAGUGGGUUUUGAGUACGGCACCUCGUUCGACACCCUCGACAAGAUCAGGACGCACGAGAAGUACUACCAGGCAGCUGGACAAAUCCCCCUAGCUACCAGCAGCCGACGCAUGGUCGACGAGUCCCGUUACAUGCUCCAUCCCUCCACCGUGGACUGCCUUCUGCAGCUCGUCAAUAUAUCCAUCCAUGCUGGUCUUUACCAGACAAUGCCGUGGGCGGCUGUGCCUAUCAAGUUCGAGGAAAUCACCCUACUUGUGCCGGGUGAUGAAGCCGACACAGUCGGUCAGGCGGUGGCCUGGAACGAUGUCCGCGGUGAGCGCGCUCGUUACUUCAACACCGAUGCCCAACUAGCUACCCCCACGGGACGGGUUAUCGUAGACAUCAAGGGGCUUCAUACAGUAGCAUACGAGGCUGCUUUACCCCUGGGAGAUAAGGCAGCUGCGAAUCCAGCACCUUAUGCCGCAGUGGAAUGGAAGCCCGAUUAUACACUUUGUGAGCUGCAGAAAGUGCCCCUAGGACCUGACAUGCUGCCCGAUGUCAUUUCCCUUCUGUGCCACAAAGAGCCUGUGGCUUCUGCUCUGCUGGUCGCUUCAACAUCGACUUCUGUCGAUCCCGAGAGUGUGCUUAGCAGACUUCCACCGACGGCUGAGCUUUCUGUGGCAGGGCAGACGUCGGAGAAAUCCUCCUCGCGCAUUAAAAAUGUCGUCAUCCCAGAAGGACCGCUCAACCUGGCCAAAUUAAAUGUCAAGGACCAAGGCCUGGUUCUUAUCGCGGGUGAGGAUGCCCAGCAGCUGGCAGAAUCCGAUAUGUGGGCUUCUCUGAAGUCUAUCCUCAGUGCUACCGGCAUCACCCUCGUCCUGGUUGAUAGCUCUGUGGCACCCACGGUCCAAACUAGCAUCAAAAAGGCCGGGUUCUUCAUCAUGGCCAAUGUCGCAUCAGAGCAGACGUUGUUGCUUGUCUCCCGCUUCAUGGAGGAGGACUUUUCCAGCAGCAGCCCAGAUGAUUGCAUCAAACUAGUCUACUCCCGUCUCCAUUCAGCUCCACCCCUCGCUCUAGCAGGCGCUCUGCGACUUCAGGGGAUUGAGGUAUUCGUCAAGACUCUCGAGGAGGUGGAUUUGACCACUGACAAGGAGCUCGUCCUAUUCAACCCAUGCGCCAAUAUUCUCUCCCAGCCGGAAACGACGUCGUUUGACGCACUUACACAGAUCAUCGCGUCUGGGACGUCUGUCCUAUGGCUCACGACAGGGGUCAACGCCUGCACGUCCACCGAUGGCGGCAUGGUCCCAGGUUUCCUGCGGGUGCUGCGGGAGGAGCAGAAGAUGUCCAAGCUGACCUGGUUGGAUGUGGAUCAGGACGAAACGUUUGAGUCCAUCGCACAGAAGCUGGUGUCCAUCCGUCAUGGUUCCGCCAGGUCGGUGACUGAAAACGAGUACUGGCUGCACCAAGGCAUGUGCCAUAUUAGUCGGAUUGUGCUGAACGAUGAGCUCAACGCCUGGAUGGUCCCUGAUGAAAAUAAAUUGGCGCAGAUGCCCCUACCCAGUGGUCAACUACUCCAGGCCAAUGCCGAGCAGGGUAAGAUUACCUUUACCCACAGCAACCGCUUUGAUGGCAUGUCUCUCCAGCCGAACGAGAUCGAAGUUCAGGUUACCUCCUGCGAGGUAUUCAACCAAGACCUGCAAGCUCCGGCCGAGGGCCCUCGGGUGGUCGCUGGCACCGUCCUCAAGGUGGGAGACAGCGUGGAUCAAGAUCUCUGGGGGAAGACGGUUGUAACCUACGUGACGAACCCGCUCGAGACUAUCGUCCGAGUGCCAUGGGUAAUGUCAGUCCAGUGCGAUCCUGCCGUCGAGAAUCAUUUCGUUUCAGCCCUGCCAGAGCUGUGCCGGGCUGUCGACGCUGUUUCGAGCGUCUCAGGCUCCCUUACGGAAAAGCAUGUCCUCCUCCUUUCUUCAUCGAAGUCCUUCUCCAACGCUCUCGCCCAGAUCAGCAGGGCCUUGCACUUCCCGCUCGCCGUAGCUGAGGACAUGUCUCACAUCCGCCAAGUUAUGAAGAUAGCCGGGUCCGCGCUGGUCGUCGUGGCUGAGGACUUCUCCGGUAGGAACCAGAAGGUCUGGCGUGAGAUGCCCUCUGGUGGAUGGUUCAUACUAAGCAAAAAUGUCCACGGUGCCCUGUCUGCCCCAUCGGAUGUCACUCCAUUCACGCGCGGUGUACGCUUCGCUGCGACAUCAGUCAAGUCUACGUUCAACAUUGACAAGACGGCACUGGGCAAGAUCAUGCGUGCGGCCGUUGCAUCCAUUGAAGGACCAAUGGAGCCUGCCCUCGUCUACAGUACCAACGAUGUGAACCGCGCCACAAGUAUCACCGCUAAGAGAUACAUCAUGACAUACAAUUACAAUAGUGACGUUGUCGAGAUUGCCCCAUCCACCCCAAAGCUGCACUUCUCCUCUAAGGACAUCUACCUAUUGGCUGGCUGUCUAGGCGGCCUCGGCCGCAGUCUCACGGCGUGGAUGGUAGAGCGCGGCGCGCGCCACUUCGCCUUUAUCUCGCGCUCCGGAGCAGAUAAACCCGAAGCCGCGCAGCUGAUAUCCUCUCUCCGCGAGGUGGGUGCCCACCCCCAGGUCUUCCGCGGUGAUGUCUCCAAUGUCUCCGACGUAAACAGCGUCAUCCAAUCCGUCACGUCCGGGCUCAAUGGCAGACGCAUCCGCGGCGUUGUCCACGCGGCCAUGGUGCUCCAGGAUGGCAUCUUUGGCCCCCAGACAUCCAUUGAAAAGUUCCAAGCCGCUAUCACGCCUAAGGUGAACGGAGCGCUCGCGCUGCAUCAUGCGCUCAAGGACCACGAACUGGACUUCUUCGUUAUGACAACCUCCAUCUCUGCUAUCGUUGGCCAACCAAGUCAGUCCAAUUACGCCGCCGCCAACAGCUUCUUGGAUAACCUGGCCUGCCAGCGCAAUCGCAUGGGUCUGCCCGCUACAUCCGUGGCGCUACCUAUGGUUCUAGGCGUGGGUGUCGUGGCGGAGAACGACGCGUUGGAGGACAAGAUCACGCAUCGCGGUAUGUAUGGAAUCGACGAGCGCGAAAUGCUUCGCGCGUUUGAGGCAGCCAUGUCGUCGCGGCCUCGGUUGGAUCCGAAGUAUCAAGACGCUAGUAUCUUGUUGGGUCUGGACCCGUCGCGGUUAGCGGGGGCAUGGGCGGCUGCCAGCAAGGAUAUCGAUCUGGAUUGGGUCGAGGAUGGCCGGUUCAUUGGGCUGAAGGCACUGGUCGAGGCGGCGUCUGAUAGAAAAAAUGGCGACGAGGCCAAAGAUGGCGGCGAGGGGGUGUCGCGACACAGGCAGUUGCAGCUGCGCAGAAGGUGUGCAGGUAUCUUGAUGAUGUCGGUGGAAGACUUUGCACUAGAGGGAUCUAGCGUUGCUGGGUAUGGGUUGGACAGUAUGAUUGGAACUGAGCUGCGCAACUGGUUGUUCAAGACGUUUGGUCUUAUUAUCCCUUUCCAGGAGCUGUUGUCGACGUCGUUGACGUUCAAGGGGUUGUCUCUGUUGGCCUUGGAGGCUUUGGGGGUGAAUGUUGGCUAG